AAACAGCACACGUUUCAUCUCCUAAGAGGCUAAAACCCCUUACAAAACCCUAGGACACUCCACUCCUUAUUCUCUUUCCCAGCUCACUACUCAAGACAGUCACCGACGAAACUGCACCCAUGGCUCACUCCGCCCUCCGCCUCCGCCGCUCCCUCCCGCUUCCUGCCGCUCUCCGCCGUUCCCUCUCUUCACUCGUACCUGCACUCUCUUCUCCCCCUCUCCUCAAACCCUCAAUUUCUUCAUAUUCGCCAUCGUUGCAGCAACAGUCAUCUUCUUUUCUGGCCUCUAGUGUUCAAUCUCGGCCGUUCAGAUCGUAUCCGACGGUCUCACUUUCGUCGAAUAAAACGUACCACUUGUACAAGGAAGGUGAUGAGAUAACGCCCGACACGAUCCUGUUCGAGGGUUGCGAUUACAAUCACUGGCUUAUUGUUAUGGAGUUUCCGAAAGAUCCUAAGCCUACGCCUGAAGAGAUGGUUAGAACUUACGAGGAAACUUGUGCUAAAGGACUCAACAUUAGUUUGGAGGAGGCAAAACAAAAAAUCUAUGCUUGUAGCACAAGUACUUAUCAAGGCUUUCAGGCAGUAAUGACUGAACAAGAGUCAGAGAAGUUUGAUGGUCUCCCUGGAGUUAUUUUUGUGUUGCCAGAUUCUUACAUUGAUCCACAGAACAAGGAAUAUGGAGGAGACAAAUACAUUAAUGGAACAAUUAUACCAAGACCACCUCCUAUUCAACGCAAUACAGGGGGAAGAUUCCAUGACCGAAAUAGGAGUUCUGACCGACCGCCAAGAUACAACCAGCAAGGAGGUCCAAUGCAAAAUCAGCAAAAUUAUCCUCAAAACAAUUCAUGGCAAGGCGAUGGCAGGAACCAUGGAGCUCCACAAAAUUAUCCACCACAACAGAACUACCCACCUCAACAAAAUUAUCCACCUCAACAAAAUUAUCCACCUCAACAGAAUUUUGGCACUCCUGGUCAAGGAGAAAGGGGAGGUCCCAUGCCAAUGAUCCCAAGUGGAAGGGAAUCACUUCAAGGGAAUAGAAAAGGUUCAAUACCUCCGUAUCCGGGAAAUUACAGUCAAGGGGAGCGAAGAAACUAUUAUCCUCCACAAGGAGACCAGAGCAGUUAUGGGGAAAGGAAUUUUGUAGGAAAUAAUUCAAAUUAUGCUCCUCCUUCACACGGUGGAACUUAUGGGCAAGGAAAAAGUUCUAACCAUGGACAGAGUUAUGGGGGGCAAGGAGAAAACCAACGAUUUUCACCAAUGGAACAGGGAAAUGUACAAGGAGAGCAAUGGAACUAUGCACCUGUGGGACAAACAGGGACAAAUCAAGGACGGUAUUGAGAGAGGAUUAUAAGUGGUUCUUUGGGACGUCGAGUAAGAAGGGACCCGAGAAGGAUUUAUGAAAUUGCUUCUCCUCUGAUUACUAGUUCACAAAGUAAUAGGAUAAAACUCUUUGGAGUCGGCUAUGGUAAAUAUGCUGUAAUUUUUUCUAUAUUAAUCUCUAUUUCACCUGCGAAGCUGGAGCUAGUUACUUUCUUACACUGUUUAUCGGUUUUAAUGGAUUCAACUCAGAUUUUUACUACCACCUUGUUACAUAUAUGCUCUUAUAAAUGUGAAUCUUAUGUUGGGAUCCUGUUUUUGGAAGGAAUAUAUUUCAACCAUAAUUUGUUUGGUUGUUAAUUGAA